GCCCCGGAUGCGUGUGCUUUUUUCAACUAACUUUGAGAAGUCACAGAGACCCGGCGGUGCGGCCUGUGCCACCUCACCUCGCCUCCACUUUGGCAUUUCAAGCAAGUACCGCCCUCAGAGGUUCCUCUCCUUCCUCCGGACUAAGGAUGGAGGAUCCCUUCAGCCCCUCCGCUCUGCCUCCCGCGCCCAACCUCUCCUUAUCCAUCCUGCCGAGCUGGAGACUCAACCUGACUUCGGGGCAGGCGACCUCUGUCCCGGGGCCGCAGCCGCCGCCACGCGGGCCACCCAGCCACCCGAUCCACCUGGUCUUCAUGGGAAUCAUCCUGGUGACCGCGGUGGCGGGCAACACCACGGUGCUAUGCCGCCUGUGCGGCGGCAGCAGCCGGCCCUGGCCAGGUCCCAAGCGUCGCAAGAUGGACUUCCUGCUGGUGCAGCUGGCAGCGGCCGACCUGUACGCGUGCGGCGGCACGGCGUUGUCGCAGCUGGCUUGGGAGCUGCUAGGCGACCCGCGUCCGGCUCUGGGAGACCUGGCGUGCCGCUUCUCGCAGCUACUGCAGGCAUCGGGGCGGGGCGCCUCCGCCCACCUGGUGGCGCUCAUCGCCCUCGAGCGCCAGCUCGCCGUGCGCCGUCCGCAGGGCCCGCAGCUGCCCGCGCGCGCCCUGGCUGCCCUGGGCUGGCUGCUGGCGCUGCUGCUGGCACUGCCGCCGACCUUCGUGGUGCGCUGGGGCGCUCCUCCACCUCCGGCAGCCAGCGCCUGGCCGGGGGAGCAUCGCUGCGGGGGCAUCUUCGCGCCCCUGCCGCGCUGGCACCUGCAGAUCUACGCUCUCUAUGAAGCUAUCGUGGGCUUCGCGGCGCCGGUCGCUAUCAUGGGUGUCUCUUGCGGCCACCUGUUGUGUGUGUGGUGGCAGCGCGGGUCUCAGGCUCCGGUGGCUGGGGCACCCUGGUCGGCCAGUCCGGCCCGAGCCCCCUUGCCCAGUGCACUGCCCCGCGCCAAGGUGCAGAGCCUGAAAAUGAGCCUGUCGCUGGCACUGCUCUUCGUGGGCUGCGAGCUACCCUACUUCGCCGCCCGCUUGGCAGCCGCCUGGUCGUCGGGGCCCGCGGGUGACUGGGAGGGAGAGGGCCUAGUGGUGGCGAUGCGCGUCGUGGAGGUGGCCAACAGCGCCCUCAACCCUUUCGUCUACCUCUUCUUCCAGGCGGGCGACUGUGGGCUCUGGCGGCGGCUACGGAGGCGCCUGGGAGUUGUGUGCUGCGUGCGGGAGGGAGAAGCCGAGAUCAACGAGGGGACUGGGGACCACCAGGCGCUCCACCGCCACCGCUGGCCCCACCCCCACUAUCACCACGCCCGGAGGGAGGAGCGGGACAAGGGCUACCUGCGCCCGCCCCCGCCGCGCCCCAGACCGCUGUCCUGCUCCUGCGAAAGUCCCUUCUAG